UCAGCCUCUCCUUCACACGGUUACAAAGAAAGAUUCUUAAAAAAAAAAAAACCCCAUUAAGGUUUUUGUCGGAAGACGAAGAAGAAAGGGCAAAACAGGAGAUGGAUGCCCUAAACCAAAUAGGAGUGCCAGUUCUUGGUAUCAUUGCAGCCGCCGCUGUCACUUUCUACGCCGUCAGCUUCUCCGAGCUCCGAGAGAGAUCAUUCAGAGACAUGGAAGAAUCAGAGAAUGAGGAGAAAGGAUUCAAGACGUCGAUGAGUUCAAGGGAGAGAAGGGCAAAGAGACGAGCAGACAAACAACGUCCCCGACAAUAAAUUAACCAAAAAUAAAAAUCCCAGUUCUGUAAUAAUAAAUUCCAUAAUAAUAUGAUUUUUGUAACAUUUUUUUUAAUGUUUAGAAAGCUAAAAGAUGGCAUUGUUCUGUAUUUAGAUCAAGGUACAAUGAGAAAUCGAGAUUUCUCUUA